AGAGCACACCUCGGCCGCCAGCGAUCUCCUCGCGACCUGUCACAUCUGGCACGUGAGCUAGGAUGUCGACACAGCGGGUUAUGUAACGCGGCACAGGACUCCGUGGUUCAUGUUUGAGGCAGGGGAUACGCGCGCUCAUGUGCGGAUUAAGUUUUAGGACCAGAAAUAGCCCUUCGCAGAAGACCUCCCUCCGAUGGGGCGACAGCUGCACCAGGCCUAAUACUUAAGCCUCGCUAGGACGUCCAUAUAAGUUAUUACGGAUCGCGAGUGACAUAACGAUAGUGUAUUUAGAUUAUAUAUUUUAUGAUGGAUUAUUAUUACACUUUUUAAUUCGGACUCUACUCGUAAGACAAAGGUGCGUGAGAGCGAGGCACAAGUUUGAAGGGCUCUUCGUAUCAAGACAACGAAAAUGAUUAACAUAGCGGGCGUGAUCUCCAUCAUCCUAUUCUACGUGCUCAUCCUAGCCGUGGGGAUAUGGGCGGGACGGAAGAAACCAGCGGGCAACGACUCCGAAGAGGAAGUCAUGCUGGCCGGGAGAUCCAUCGGACUCUUCGUGGGCAUUUUCACUAUGACAGCGACGUGGGUGGGCGGCGGCUACAUCAACGGCACGGCGGAGGCGAUCUACACCUCCGGUCUGGUCUGGUGCCAGGCGCCCUUCGGGUAUGCGCUCUCGCUAGUGUUUGGCGGUAUAUUUUUCGCCAACCCGAUGCGCAAGCAGGGCUACGUGACCAUGCUGGACCCGCUGCAGGAUUCCUUCGGUAGCCGCAUGGGAGGGUUGCUGUUCUUGCCCGCGCUGUGCGGGGAAGUGUUUUGGGCGGCUGGCAUCCUGGCGGCAUUGGGCGCAACUCUGGCCGUGAUUAUCGAUAUGGAUCACCGCACAUCCGUGAUCUUCAGCGCGUGCGUCGCUGUUUUCUACACAUUGUUCGGCGGAUUAUACUCUGUGGCCUACACGGACGUCAUUCAGCUGUUCUGCAUCUUCAUCGGUCUCUGGAUGUGCAUUCCCUUUGCGUGGGCCAAUGAGCACGUCAAACCACUCAGUUCCAUGGAAGUGGAUUGGAUUGGGAAGAUCGACCCGGAGUACUAUUGGUUUUACGUCGAUUACGGCCUUCUGCUCGUGUUUGGAGGGAUUCCGUGGCAGGUGUACUUCCAACGCGUGCUGAGUAGCAAGACAGCGGGUCGAGCGCAAGUGCUGUCGUACGUCGCCGCCAUCGGCUGCAUCUUCAUGGCUAUCCCACCAGUGCUCAUCGGGGCUAUCGCCAAGGGUACAGCAUGGAACGAGACCGACUAUCGCGGUGCUCUGACCCCGGAAGGCGAACUGACCUCCGAACAGACUUCCAUGAUUUUGCCGCUGGUGCUGCAGCAUCUGACUCCAGACUUCGUCUCGUUUUUUGGACUCGGAGCUGUGUCCGCUGCUGUCAUGUCAUCGGCUGACUCCAGCGUGCUAAGUGCUUCUUCGAUGUUUGCCAGGAACGUGUACAAACUCAUCUUCCGUCAAAACGCGUCAGAAAUGGAAAUCAUCUGGGUGAUGCGCGUGGCCAUAUUGGUGGUGGGUGUACUGUCCACCAUCAUGGCACUCACUAUACCCUCCAUAUACGGACUGUGGUCGAUGUGCUCCGAUCUGGUGUACGUGAUCCUGUUCCCCCAACUCCUGAUGGUGGUGCACUUCAAGAAGUACUGUAACACGUACGGGUCAUUGGCUGCCUAUAUAAUGGCUUUGCUGGUGAGAUUGUCGGGCGGGGAGAAGCUGCUGGGUCUGCCGGCUCUCAUCCACUACCCGGGCUGGGAUGACGAAAAUGAGGUGCAGCUGUUUCCGUUCCGGACCCUGGCGAUGACGAUGUCACUCUUCACUCUGGCUUUUAUAUCAUGGCUCUCAGUGUUCUUAUUCAACUCGGGCUACCUGAGUCCAGAAUCGGACUACUUCAACUGCGUCGUCAACAUUCCCGAAGACAUUCGUCGCGUGGACGAGCCGUCGGAAGCGGGCGAGCAGAUGUCGGUGCUGGGGGGAGUCCCCGGUCGGCUGUACGGCGCCGCCUCCACGCUCGUGGGGCCCGACGAGAAGUCGGGGAGGAUUAACCCGGCGCUGGAGACCGAUGACGACGACCUGGACGACCCCAACGACGGCCCCACGCCGCUCUUCGGCAACAGCAGCGCGCCCCCGCCGGUGCAACCCUUCGGGAAACAGACGGCUUUCUGAGACGAUUUUUAUUUUUAUUAGUUCGAACGUUUCAGUUUCUGCAAUCCCGUCACAUCGAAACCCUUAACUUGCGCUUCGACGACGACUCGACAUCGAAGCCGAUCGGUACAGUAUUACUGAGCUCAAACUAUACAUAUCAAAUAUAUGGACCGAACGAUAUCCUCCCGGUGCACACUUUUGUAUCGACAUACUCGUAGCACUGAGCCUCGUCUCAGUCUAGUGUAGCGGGUGACGAGUACGAGAAGCUACGCAAUAGAAUUAGUUCUGUAUUAUAAAUUAAGAGAACUUAUUUUGUAGUCGAUGAUUAUCUAUAUACAUUCAUAUAUAUUAUAAUGAAACUCAUACAUAUCAAAAGGUUUAUAACUACACGUAUUGUUAGGAAAGAUAUAUGACAUUAUUUACAUUGAAGAGAUUCCUUAUUUAAGUCAAUUAAAGUAGGACGACGAGCACAAAUAUGUAAACGUGCAAGCUUCUAGGACAUGCGAGUGUUUGUGGGGAGUUUGCGAAGCAGUCGGAGUGCGCGGCCAAGUUCAAGCGCGAGGAAACUGUACAGCGACUGCGAGGAAUACCGCUGGAGAGGUCGGCGUUGAAAAAAAUGUAAUAAUAAAUGUAUGAAAUUAUCGAAGUCUGUUAUGGUAUCUAUGGGGCGGAGCUUUUAGAUCUUUUUGGUUCAAAAUAAUUGUAAUAUUUAAAAUAUUGCAAACUGAUAUAAAUUAGUUUAUAAUAAACUAAAAUUGUAUUAAGUUCGAUGUACAAUUAAGUGGCUGUCGUCGGUUUUACAUGCUCGAAGUGGUUUUAUAGUUUAUUGAAAUUAUUUGUGUUUUAAUGACAUGUUGUUGUUACGCGUUGUUUAGACCAGAUAUUAAUAGGUUUAGAACGCUGGGCACUUCUAGUGAGUUAUAAUAUUUGAGGUCGCUUCAUAAAAUCAGCUAUUAUUGAGCUUCGGUUCCAGAUAAAUAAUAAUAAAGCAAAAAUUAUAAAUAAUAAAUGAAAAAUAUAUUUUUGAUCGAAAAUAUAAAAAAAACUUGUCAAUGUACUAAAUAUUUAAAUAUUCUGUCUAGACGUGUUUUUAAUCUUCUCUUCUCAGAUGUAUUGCUGAUGUUAUGAACGAACCUUUACACGAGUAUGUAGGUUUAAUGUAUUGGUGUUCAAAUAUACGGCGUAUUGAUGUUUCCCGUGGAGCCGACGUCUGUGUGUUGUUACCCGGCUUUUGAUCUACAGCUGUUAGUGAUGUUACGAAUAUUUACAUUUGAGUAAUUAUAUUUUAUAUUAUAUAUACGAGCAAUACUGUCCUAAGAAUUUAACUAAUUGAAAUUAUAUAAAUGAUAUUUGCGACUGAGAACUGAUCUCGAUUAAAGUCUUGUUUGUUGCUGUUAAGAAAAAAAUAUUUGUUUUACUGAGUCCCUGGGACGUACGAGUGCAGAUGAAUUAUACCUAAAGGUAGCAUUCAUAAGUUGGAUAUAUUCUGUAAUAUAUACGCAGAUAAUAUAUGUUAUAUAUUUAUUUUAUUGCAAAGUAUGACAAAUAAGGAUUUAUAUGGAUUCGAUUAAAUCUGCCGGAGGAACAUCGCCUCGUGACAUCACUGAAAAGUUUUUAUCGUGUUUAAACUUAUCUAUGUAUUGAGGAUCGGAGCUUUUAAUAAAAAUUUAUAUAACGCAUUUCUUAUUUAGAUCGAGAUAUAUAGAUAUACGUAUACCUAUCGAUUUUUGUGAUAUAGUCACCUGCCUGUUAAUACUUCGCGAAGACUCAAUCAGAACAUAUCAUUAUUGUACUGUGUAGGUGUAAAGCAUAUCGCAUAUCGCAUGUGUUAGUGAUCUCGUAACUGAUACAUAUCAAUAUAUUUAAGGUAGCCUUUAGAAUAUCGUUGUUGUUCUUCAACGUCGCGUGCUAAUGUCAUUGCAUACAUAGAUGCAAGAAUUAAACGACAAUCGCAGCCUAUACCAAUGAGUACAUUCUUUUCAGUAAAAAAAAAACUUUUAUUUAAAUUUUAAAUAACUAAUUAUAGACUAAAAGUUAAGAUUUCAUAAAAUAUAUCAACUCGGUGUUUACUCUACUGUACGCCUAAAUGUAACAUCUUGAAUGUUUAAGAAAAAUACUUAACAUACAGUGUUUUGGUUUAUUGCAUUUCAGAAAUUAAAAUCACAAGUCCAUGUCUGUCUGCGAUGACGUUAGGAAGGGGCGGGUCCACUGUUAGCUGGUAGUUAUACCUACUAUUGACUUAAUCCUAGUUCUUGUUGAAUAUUGAAUGUAAAUCGUGUAAUGUUGUGACUCCGCAGCUAUCUCUGCGUAAAUAAAACAUAUAGUAUGUUGAUUGUC